AUGGCAGGACGCCCUUCCGUUUUCAAAGAAGAGUUAAAAAUGUCCAUUUUUGAAGAUCUAGGGACUGGAAACAUUGAGCAAAGCCAAGAACAGUCAGUGAUGCCAGAAAUGACAGAACAUGGGUCCUGGUCACUGGAGGGAUUCCAAAGACGUCCAAGGGCAGAGCAAAAACCUGCUGGAUCUGGUUCAAGCCAGUCAUUUUGGAAUGUGACUGGAUCUCGUCUCAAGAAAGGGAGUCAGGGGGAUACCCAUCUUCAGGAGCUUCCUGGCAACUUCCAAGGGUGGAGAUUCCCUUACAAGUGUCUGGAGGCAGAUAUAGUGGCAGAGAUUGGCCUGGAACAGCUCAAUGGGCUGGAAAUGGAAGUCAUGAGAAGGCAGAUACAAGUGGUUUCUGGGAGGCUGCAUGCCCUUGAGGAUCAGGAUGCCACCUGGCGCCAUAAAGAGACUGUGCUCUUUAGUCUGCUGAUGUCAGUGUGCAUAGCCAACCUGUGGCUUUGA